AUGAAGUAUGCUGAACAUGUCUCUGCAUGUCCCGCGGGAGGUGGAGGAGGCCGGACUGCUGGAGGACCUGUCGGGCUGCCAGCAGAGAGCAGCUGAUCCGGGCCGGGUCCACCCAGGGUUCUUCUGCUGAUCUACAGAAUCAUGGCGGUUCACCAAGUGGUCUCCGGCCGGGCCGAGCCGGACCUUCGGCCCCUGAACUUGGAGGAUCCGAGGCGGCUGCGGGUCCUCUCUGCCCGGGCCCUCUCCAUCGUGAUGAACCGGGACGUUCAGAACUUUGAGGCGGUUAUGGCGUUCCUGGACGCGACGCACCGCCUGCUGCCCGGACUGGUUCCCGCCAUCAAACACAUGAAGAUCCAGUUCGGCCUGAAGACCAUGGUCAUCAUGCAGAUGCUGAAGGAAGGCAGAGGGACGGUCCACAUUGUGUCCAGUAUCAUCCGGUUCUUUCCCAACAAGCUGCCUCAGUAUGAAGAUCAGUGUAGCCAGAGAGAAAUGUUCCUGAUGAGGAAGAACCAGGCCGACUUCAGGCGCCUGGUCCAGAACCUGGCCUUCACCAAGGAGAGGUUGCAGGACUACAUGAAGGGUGACAUGGAGGAGUGCUACGGUGAGCGCUACGCCCAAAAGGUGGAGCAGCGGCUACUAGCUUACCUGCAGGAGCUGCGAAGGGCGCUACCUGCAGACACCUGGAGUGGCAGAACCAACCCGAACCGGCCCAAACCGAGUGUCAUUACUCUGACUCAGAUGAUGAAGAGUCAACAUCCUGAGGAUGAGGAUGAGAAGAGCGCACCUUCAUUAGCUGGGAGGAAGCUGCUGCAGUGUGACGCUCGUCCCUCAGAGAUGUCCCAACAGGGACGGCCUGGGGCUGAUUGGGUCCUGCAGGUCGGUUCUGGUUCCAGUCCAGAUGUUGGGGAACCCAACAGUUCAGUGGACAGAACAGAACCAGGGGCAGUGGAAGAGGAGGAUGUUCCCCUGUCCCCUCGGUUCUGCUCCAAGCACCAGUGCUGGAUGGACAACUUCCUGAGAGGCUGUGCUGAGGACGACCCGACCCCGGUUCCGUCCGACCCGACCCCGGUUCUGUCCUCAUCUCAGGAUCAGACGCCGGCGGACCUGGUCUCUCCUCUACCCAGACCCUCAGACGGUUCUGCUGGACCCGUCCUGCUGGUUCCAGUGGUCCGGCUGGAGGACGUCUCGAGGCGACUCGGAUCCAAUCCGUCUCAAACUGUCUCCGUGAUUCUGGUCGAAGCAGCUUCCUGUGGUUCUGGUCCGGGUUCUUGGGCCCACCAGACAUCAGUGGACCAAAACGUCCUGGAGCCUGCAGGUUCUGGCCCGAUUCUGGGAGGAAGGACUGCCCCCUCGUCUGACCUACAGAACCGGGCCUCACCAGUUCUGGCUGACCCAGCUCAGCCAGGUGUCCAUCAGAACUCCACCAGAAUCCAUUGUGAAACCCAAACCAGCAGAACCGUUCAGUCCAGAUCCCAGCCGGGUUCUCCUGCCGGCUCCAGAACCUCAGCCCUUCUGGGCCGCUUGCAGCCGUGUGUGGUUCUGACCCGACUGAGCGCCAAGCAGUGCUGCUCUUUCGAUAUCAGCGACCCGGAGGACCGGCCCGGUCAGUCCCGCCGGCCCGGUCAGUCCCGCCGGCCCGGUCCAGCCCGCCGGGCCAGCAGAGACCCGGACUACCGGCCUCACGUCAACAGGAAGAGAUUCCUGUCAGAGGUCCGGAGGGUCCGGUUCCCUCUGAGGACGGGAAGUAGAGUCCAAACGGAACCGGGCCGGUCCUGGUUCUAGACUCUGAAUGCAGUAAUGAACCUACUUUGAUGUUCUGACCUCACAGCAGUGGGUCCAAUCAGUACCGGUUCUGAUCUGGAUCCGGUAUCAGAGUCCCAUUUGACCCAGUUCCAGCACCCAAUUGGGUUUACUGGAAAGAAAAACACAUGCCGCACUUUUAAGAUUGUAAACACUGAACUUCCUCUGCUUGGUGAUGGUCCAGAACCCGGUAGAACCCGCCUCAGCCAGAAGGGUUCAAUCGGGUUAGGUUAGAAGAAGAAGCAGACAUCGUCUCUGGUGUCAGAACCAGAACCUGGGUUGGGAAAGUAUUCACUUCCUGUUCUGCCAACCAGACGAACGGUGGCUUCAUCGUUGCUAUGGUGAUGGCACCUCCAGAAGCUGCUGUUGGGUCAGGGAUGAUUUACUGUGGUUCUUGUGGUCCUGGUCCUGGUUCCAGUCCAGCCUGAUUAGCAGUGUUCUGUGGUGUCAGUGUGUUUGUGUCGUAUCAUAUUUGUUCCCCUGAAACAGAGGUCAGAGUCCGGUUGGUUCCUGCGGGGAACCGGAGAACGGGCCAGGUAUCGACCCGGCUGCUGUGGGUUGACCCGAGGUUCUGUUUGCGCCGUGAGGUCGACGGCCCGCAGAGAGCAAACUGUUGCGUCAUUUCAUCGGAACAGAACCGGGUCGGGCAGCGGGUCGAGAUUAACCCCCGACGGGCCGGAGAGGCUAGUUAGCCCCAUUAGCUUCUGAUCCGUCUUCCCACAGCAUGGCACUGCCACCACCUUGCUUCACUGUAUAGAUGCAGUAUUCAGGUUGUUACUUUCCCCCACUAGGGGUGGAAAGUUCUGUUUGGACCGGAUCAGAACUUGCAGGUUCUGAAGCUGAUUCUGAUAGACUUCAAUCGAUUGCAGCUUGUUGCUCUGAUGCUGAUCUCUGUUUGCCUCCGCGUGACGAACGCAGCCGCCCCCCCAGCACCAGUAUACCCACCACUAUGCCCUCCCAGUAAUUGCUGCAGCCGGUCUGGUUCUGGUUACUGAUGGAGGGGAACGGGGGGCGUUCCCGCUCGGCCCCCGGCCUCGGCCAAUGGGAGCUCUGCGUCUGUGGAGGUUUUGCUGCUCAGCAUCUAUAAAAGCAGCUUUGAUCUGCUGGAUGAAAUCCUGAGCGGUUCCCCAGCAGCUGGACGUUAGUGGUUCUGGUUCUAGUGGUUCUGGUUCUAGUGGUUCUGGUUCCAGUGGUCCUGUUGGAUAAAAUCCUGAGCGGUUCUCCAGCAGCGUUCAGCAGGUAAAAUGAUUUUGUUACAUUAUUGUAGUGAAGUGGUGACGGUGAAUGAAUGAGGAUCUGCUGCAGUUAAUGAUGGACGAGGAGCUAAUUUAUGAGCUUCCAUGUAAAUUAAUUUUAUUUAAUGAAAAUGUAAUUUACUGA